AUGUGUAUGGUUAUAUUUGCCCCGAUUUUUGCCAUUUGUGCAUUUGCGACAUGCGGAGGCUACUAUGGGCAACUCCAGGUUAAAGUGGACUGCGGAGACAGCAGACAGAGUAACAGGAGCAUCAACAUUAAUUUCGGCUAUCCAUUCAGAUUACAACAAGUGCAUUUCAAAGCUCCGCUAUGUGAAACCAAGAGAGAGGAGAUCCUCUUCCUGGAUGGCGAUUUUUCCUCCGCUGCUCAGUUUUUUGUUACUGUGGGUGUGAUCACGUUCCUCUACUCCCUGCUGGCAACUGUGGUCUACGUCUUCUACCAGAACAAAUAUUUGAAGAACAACAGGGGCCCACUUGUGGACUUUGUGGUGACAGUGAUCUUCUCCCUCAUGUGGUUCCUCAGCAGUUGUUGUUGGGCCAAAGCACUUUCUGAUAUCAAGACUGCUACAAAGCCUACAAAGGUACUGCUUCUCAUCCCAGCCUGCUCUGCUCAGGAGAACAAAUGCACAGCUGCCCAGGAACCUCACUGGGCUCGGCUCAACACAUCUGUGGUUUUUGGGUUUGUCAAUGUCAUCGUUUGGGCAGGAAACAUUUGGUUUGUCUUUAAAGAGACAGGGUGGUACAGGAUGGGGCAUAGGUAUCCCACCAGGAGCUCAUCUGGAAAACGAGAAAUGCGUCAACGGCUAUACAGCGACAGCAGCUUUGACAUUCAAGAGGAACAUUUUGGUCCUCACCUGUCCAGGCAGAUGAGUGUUAACCAGACAAAGGGGGAUUUGGGUAUUCAGGUGUACCGGCAAGACAGCUUCAACCACUCAUCAUCGAGCUAUAGCCUUCCCCAAACGUAUCUCGGUCAGCCGGUCAUUUAUGACAGUAAAGGGGUGCCUUAG